AUGGCUUCACAAAGAUCGAACUCCAUGGAGGCUUCUCAAGACAACAUCCGCAAGCGGGUGUGCAAGGCGUGCGAUCGAUGCCGUCUGAAAAAGUCCAAGUGUGAUGGCGCUAGCCCAUGCAGUCGAUGCAAAGCAGACAACGCAAUUUGCGUUUUUGGAGAGCGGAAAAAGUCCCAAGACAAGGUCUAUCCCAAGGGCUAUGUCGAGAUGCUUGAACAGCAGCAGUCGCAACUCGUCGCAGGCCUGCGAGAGCUUUAUUCCAGGUUAAAGCAAGGCCAGGGUUGGCCAGGUGCGCCGUUGCGCGAAGCUCAGGGUGGCCAUCCGCUCACCCAUGACAUCCUUGAGAGGCUUGAUCUGCUCCACUCUUCCAACGAUGGCGGUAGGAAUUAUGAAGGUUUCGAGGAAGACUGUAAUCGCAUGCAGCAGAAGUUGCUUGAGCGAGGCGCACCAUUCACUCGUCGGAGAGGAUCGACGAGUUCCGACUCAGAGCACGACCACACUUCAUCCGGUUCAUCGUUCAGCGGUACACCGACAACCAAGACGAUGCCCUUCACCGACCCCUUCGCACGUCAUAACGCUCCGCCAACACCACCGAUGAACAGCCCAUUCCCGCGUCAGUCCCAGAUCAUAUCACCGAUCAAGCAGGAAGCACCGAUGGUUGCGAACGGUUUCAUGAGCCCCGGUGGUUUGGAUCCUACGACUUUGUCGCGACAGAACUGGCAAACGGACACCAUGAUCAUGGAAGAAACCCUCGACUUCGGGAAACCGAUGUAUGGGUUUGACACAUAUGGAAACUUUGACCAGAGUGCGAUGAUGCUGGAUCCAAUCGUAGUCAACGACCCCGCAAUGCCCGACUGGAACACACCGAACGAUUUGGACUUCAGCAGCUUCAUAAAUAAUCAAGUGGGCGCGUGA